UUUAGAGGAUGAGCUAGGUUCCUCGUACGGAUACUAUUACAAAUACGAGUAUUAGAACUUGUGGAGUGCAAAAUUGGCAUAUUGUUUCUUAAAACGUCUGCUGUUUAAUAUGGCGAAUAGUUCUGAUUUGAGCACAGGAAAGAGCGUGCUUGUUUUGGCAGUUGUUAUAGGAUGUUUUGGUGUUCUGUGGCCUAAAAUAUUUUAUCCAAUGAUGCAAGCUGCAUUUUCAAUAACGGCACCCAAUUAUGAUCGUGAUGAAGAGAGUUUUGGUGAGAACAGGCAUACAAAUAUUGACCCUGAGUUGCUUCCUCCACAAGUCAGAGCAGCAAUGGAAGAAGGUCGUCCAGGAACUCGACCACAGAUUCGAGAUGGCAGGCCUUUAAUGCAUCCUGCUGCAAGUCAAGGACCCAAAGUUCAACCAAAAAGUGGAGGAGCUAUGGGUGUCAUAAUGCCUAUUUAUACCUUGUUCAUUGUUGUGUUCUUCAUGUACUCUAUAUUCAAGUUUGUCUUUAAGAAACCUUCUGAAGAUGAAGCAUCAAGGCAGCCAAUGGUAAAAGACUUUCAUAUGGAUCCUGAACAUCACAAGUAUGUUCUAUCUGAAGAAUACAAGGAGGAAAGGAAGAAUGGAACGAGACUUAAAAAUAGGGAAAAUAAAACCAAGAAAACUCUACAGAAGUAUGGGAAAGUAAAAGCAGAGGAUGAGCUAGCUGAAAAAGAUUAUGAAAUUAGUCAACUAAGGAAACGACUAGAAGAAACAGAGGCAGCAAUGGAACGAAUUAUGAAACACAUGGGAGUUGUCACUGAGCAUCUGGCUGUGGGCAUGACUUGUUUACCAAACUCGCCAGUCAGUACUUCCACACAGGACUCAGAAAACAAAGAUAUUCUCUUGGAUGGUACAGAGAAAAAGAAAAAGGUCACCUUGACUGAAUCAGAUAAAGAAGAAGAAAACCAGCCCUCCAGCCCUGAUGUUGACAACUAUGAACUGGUUUCAGAGAUUGGCUCUAUUCCUACAACACCAACAAAUGUUUCAGUAAGUGCAGAAAAAGAAUCAUGUGAGACUACUAGCUUUGAAGUGAUUGGGCAAAUCAUUGAGAACAAUGACACUCGAAUUGACUCAGAAGACAGUAUAAGCAAAGAGUUAGACACUGAACAAGUUGAUCAACCCAAGGAUGACUAUACAGAUCAUUUACUCCUAAAGAAUGGUAGUUUUGAAGAUCUUGCCAUAACAUCUAGUGAUCAUCUUUUUCCAGAAAAUCUUUCAUCAUCUAUUGAAAGUAAAGGUUUUUCUGGCACUUCUUCAAUGAGCACUUUACCUGAAAUCACCAGAGAAAAUGUAAAUGGCGAGGACAUUGAAGAAGAUAAAAGUAAACAUGUUUUGUCUUUCUCAAAGAGUACUGAAACUGACUCUGAUCAACAAAUGAAAGUUAAAAACAGAGCAUGUAGCUUAAGGUCAGGAAAACCAAAAACUUUCUUGGAACAACAUGCAGAUGAUAAGAACAUGUCAGAAGAAGUGAGUCUUCCUAGAAGUACCUUAUCAAGAUGUGUUGCCAUUGACAAGUCAUCUGAAUACUGUGGUUUGGAAGAGGACACAGCGCCAAUGAUUAAACACACAGAACCAAAAGAAACUUUUCAGAGUAAUGCAGACAAGAGAAGCAAAGAGUAAAGCAUGAAGAAAGAGAUGAUCAUUGAACCUUUUGAAAUAGACAAGGAAUUGGAACUUACAAAACUAUAAAAAAAUCUUGGUACCCACUAAAGAUAUCUUUAAAUAAUUGUAUGUAUGUUUAAUUUCUCUACCAUGAAUAACAGUUAGAAGUAGAAAUCAGGUCACAACCACUUAAAUAGGAGCUCAACUGCCCACACAGUUGGUGAAGAAACAUUGGCAAGCAUUAUAUUUGCUGAAUCAUCUAACUUGCUAUAUAUAUCUUUGCUAUACUUUUACAUUAGACAUUUAGUGAAAGUUUCAUUAAGUUAAAAAGUUUAGAAAAAUCGAAUUCAAAUAAAAACCUGAAUUUAAACUUGUUAAGGAGUUGGUUCAAGUCUAUAUUGCCUGUUCAGUAUUAGAAGUAUGUGUGAUAAAUAAUUUCCCCUUAUAUAAAAAUAGAAAUGUUCCAUCAAAAAUAGUAGCUCAUGAACAUUUUUGAACAGUUAGAUAGAAUGAGUAAUUUUUAGUAGAAACCUGGUGUACAAAUUUUCAACCAUUAUGAAGUUGUUAAAGUCCUUUUGGAAAAUACUUAAAAUUCAUUGUAAUGUUAAUUGCUAUAUUUUCAAGAUAAUUAAUAUAUAGUGUUACUUCAAAAUUAUUAUGAUGUUAGGUAAUAUGUUGUCAUUAUAACAAACAUUUAAUAAUACUUUAUUUGUAUGCUUUAUGAUGCAUGUUCUCUUUCUUUAACUUAGAAUUGAUUAGUGUUUAAAGAAAUAUUAUUACUAGAAGAACACUGAGGAGGUUACUGGAGGGAAGAGAGCUUGUGCUAAGGCUGGUGCCAAACUUUACAAGUGUGUAAUAGCAGUAGAAGUAAUGAUAAAUGAUACCCAAUAAUUAAUUAUAAUAAACUAACAACUAAAAGUAGCUGCUGCUGGCUAGUUGGUAGUUCAGAAUUAAGGUUGUCACUGUGAUACUUGAACUGCAUGCUGAAAAACGUGUUAGGACAGGACUUCGAUACUGAAGGGAGGAGAGCCUAUGGCCAAUGCUAAACUACUCGUACAAAUAUAUAAUAAAUACUUAGAAAUAUAUAAUUAUUUCUUUUUUUCUAUUGUUUUUUUGUAAAUUUUCUUAUAGUUUCUCAAGUUAGUUUAUGGUUUUGGAAUGAACAGUAACAUUUGUCAUGGAUAUAUCAAUACUUGAUAGAAUGCCAGACUGUGCAAUCCAGUCUGCACUUUGUGGUUGUUGGUGCUUUGUAAGAGUAAUUAUAAAACCCCACUAUUCCAUUAAUAUAGUCUAGGAAUUGAAUGUGGGUGCUAUUGACUAGUUACCUUCUCUCUAAUCUAUCAGUUCAAAAUUAGGAGCAGCCAGUGUUAACCUUAUUUCAAUUUUUAAAACAGUUAUCUAACCAAAUAUCCUUCUUUCUAAAGGACAAAGGUAUUUUAAACUAAACUAUUAAUUCAGAAUAAUAUUGGAAUUAUAAGAGAAAAAAUGCAAGUUUAAUAUCACUGUGGGGAGUUGGGAACUUUAUGGACAAUAGAAACCUAGUGUAGAUGUCGAUCUUGAAUCUGCCCUAUCUAACACGAAUCCUCAUUAACUCUUGCAAUGGGUGCCACUUUAAAUGCUUUUCUGCACAAGUCACUAUGUUACAUUCAAAAUGUAAUUAAACACAUUUAUUAUCAAUGUAUGUG